AUGGCGGAAAACAAAGACGGCUUCAAAACACCGCCGUCGGAGCGCGCAUCGCCAGGGCCGCACUCAGACGAACCGCAGAGGGACCUCUUUCGAGUGUCGGUUAAGGUACCUGAAUUUUGGGCCGACAGACCAGAUGUAUGGUUCGCACAGCUAGAGGCUCAGUUCGCCUUGGCGAGAAUCAAUGACGACACAACAAAAUUCUACCACGUAAUUUCACAGUUGGGCAACCAAUACACAGCUGAAGUUCUAGAUGUCAUUCAGGCGCCUCCAAGCACCGGGAAAUAUCAGAAAAUUAAGGCAGAGCUAAUAAGACGACUAUCAUCAUCCCAGGAAAAGAAAAUAAAACAACUUCUCAGCCUCGAAGAGCUAGGCGACCGCACACCAUCGCAGUUUUUAAGACGUAUCCAGAGUUUGGCAGGACCCACGGUACCGGAAGACUUUAUACGGACGAUGUGGUCGAGCCGCUUACCGCACAACGUCCAGACAAUAGUGGCGAUGCACUCAGAAACUCCCCUAGCAAAGACCGCUGAAAUAGCCGACAAAAUCUACGAGCUGGCUCCACCAUCACCCCAGGUAGCUGCCGCCAGCACGAACCACAGCGACAUUCCACCUUACAUAACAGAAAUGACAAAGCAAAUCGCAGAACUCACCAAAUGCGUUGCGGAAUUGUCAACCAGGGGACGGCAGAAUAACCGAGGCCAAUUGCAGUCUCGCCGCCGCAGCUCAUCGCGGAGGCGAUCGCCGUCUGGUCAGCGCUUGUGCUGGUAUCACUGGCAGUUCGGCGACGAGGCCAAAAAGUGCAAUCACCCUUGCAGCUACAAACCGGGAAACGCUUCGGGCAGCCGGCAGUAG